AACAAAUUAGAAAUCCAAAGUCCAAACAAAAACAGAGAAUAAAAGGUCAGAAAUCCAAAAUGCCACUAUCUUGAUUUUGUGUUAAAAUUUUCGUUUCUUCUCAAAAAGCCAGCAUAUAACAAUUACACAUUUCCAUCUUUCCGUUGAUUUCGCUCUUCUGUUUCCGGUUCAAACAAAUCCCAUUCAGCUUCAUCUCCCGCAAUUGCCGCUACAGAGGACGAAAACAAGCCAGAAAGCGAAAGAAAGCACUAUAGAACAUUCCAAAUUUCCAAUGCUUGCUCAAUACGUAGUAUAAAAACUCAUUUCCUUCUACUGUUGUAAUCUUGCUCUGCAAUUUUCAAACCAGCUGACUUGAGUCUGGAAGCGGCAGUCCCAGAAUCUGAACGGAUCUGGGCGGAACUCAGGUUCGUGCCUGGAAGUCGUCGCUGAUCAUAUGCCUCUGCACUGCGGUGGCUGGUGACGCUGAUUAAUGGGUUGUGUGAAUGCGAAGCAGGCGGUGUCGGUGACGCCUGCUAUUGACCACUCCGGCGUGUUUCGUGGCAAUGCUGGUACGGGUAAUUCGGGAAGGAAUUUAGGUGAGUCAGACAAGAAGAAGAAGAGCGAGUCAGUGGGGCUGAGUAGAAGCGAGGUGGGUGAGUCGGGAAGGGCGAGUUCAAAUGGAGGUUGUGAGUCGUAUAGUUUCAGAUUGGGGAAUCUGCAAAAGUAUGUAGAAGGAGAGCAAGUAGCUGCGGGUUGGCCGGGUUGGCUUACCGCCGUCGCCGGUGAAGCCAUUCAGGGUUGGGUGCCCCUCCGAGCUGAUGCGUUUGAGAAACUUGAGAAGAUCGGUCAAGGAACAUACAGCAGUGUCUUCCGAGCGCGAGAACUUGAGACGGGGAAGAUAGUAGCUCUGAAGAAGGUGCGGUUUGACAACUUUGAGCCGGAAAGCGUUCGGUUCAUGGCUCGAGAAAUUAUGAUUCUUAGAAGGCUUGAUCAUCCAAACAUUAUAAAAUUGGAGGGCUUGAUUACUUCAAAAUUGUCCUGUAGCAUAUACCUUGUAUUCGAGUAUAUGGAACAUGACAUUACGGGGCUCUUAUCUUCCCCUGAUAUCAAGUUUAGUGAACCGCAGAUUAAGUGCUACAUGAAGCAGUUGUUAUCUGGACUUGACCAUUGUCAUUCACGGGGUGUAAUGCACCGUGACAUCAAGGGAUCUAAUCUUCUAGUGAAUAAUGAAGGGAUCCUAAAGGUGGCUGAUUUUGGACUGGCGAACUUCUCAAAUGCUGGGCACAGACAGCCCCUUACUAGCCGUGUAGUUACAUUGUGGUACCGUCCUCCUGAACUUUUACUAGGUUCAACUGACUAUGGUCCUUCUGUGGAUCUCUGGAGCAUCGGAUGUGUGUUUGCUGAACUACUUGUUGGGAAGCCUAUCCUUCAGGGGAGAACAGAGGUUGAACAAUUGCACAAAAUCUUUAAGCUUUGUGGCUCUCCACCUGAAGAAUACUGGAAAAAGUCUAGACUCCCUCAUGCAACGUUGUUUAGGCCACAGCAACCGUAUAAUAGUUGUCUCAGAGAGACUUUUAAAGAUUUGCCUUCAACUAGUGUGAACUUGCUACAGACUCUUCUUUCCAUCGAACCAUACAAACGUGGAACUGCCUCUUCUGCUCUCUCAUCACAGUAUUUCAAAACAAAGCCGUAUGCUUGUGAACCAUCAAGCUUGCCGGUAUACCCACCUAGCAAGGAGAUUGAUGUGAAACAGCGGGAGGAGUCAAGGAGGAAAAAGAUUGGUGGAAGAGCGCGUGGACCUGAAACGAGAAAACCAUCAAGGAAGCCACUAGGAUUCAACAAAUUAGUCCCAACAGAGGAUUUAGCAAGUCAAACCCAGAAGUUCCAAAGGGUAAAUGGCAGGUCAGUCCACAUCCUCAAGGAAGGGAGCACCAAUGUAAGUAAGGAGGAAAUAAAGCCAUCUAGUGGCGAACCAGAUGAUGCUUCCCAUACGAAAAAUGCAUCUCAAGGAGAUAUUCCCUUUUCUGGGCCUUUGCAAGUUUCCACAUCAAGUGGCUUUGCAUGGGCAAAAAGACGUAAAGAUGACAUUUCAAUAAGAUCCCACUGCCGAUCUAUUUCAAGGGGGCAUAUUGUCAAUCCAUUGGAGUCUGCUGUACCAAAUUCGGUGAAUAACUUUGAUUCCAGAAACAUGGAAAAUAAGGAUUGUCUGGGACGCUCCAACUCUCGGAAUCAUGAUCCAUUUGAAAUCCCCAAGCUUGCCAUGCAAAAUCAAUGGAGCAAGUUUGAUCGCCCAGAUUCUUUUGAUGCUUCUGACGAAUACCACUCGCAGGAGCUAUCUAUGGCACUUUACCAUAGAGAGGAUUCAGUAUCCAAGAGAAGUAACCUGAGUUAUCAGGACCAAGGAGAGAAGGUUGAGUUUUCAGGACCGCUGCUAUCUCAAAUGCAUACUGUUGAUGAGCUCUUGGAAAAACAUGAACGCCACAUCCGCCGAACAGUCCGAAAAACCUGGUUUCAAAGAGGUAAGAAGCAAGGGAAGCAAGUAUAAUGUUAAUCACUUUUACUGAGGAAGGAAGUGGGCCAAUUGCUUUGAGGAAGGAAAAGGAGAACACACAUCCCUCCCCAACCCAGAAAAAGACUCUCCUCUUCCCGUUGCACAUCAUAUCAGAUGGCACAAGAAAUCUCUUUCCUGUAAGAGAAGACCAUCUCUCCAUUCUCCAAUCACAUGGCUAUGCGCAACAAAUAAACUGCAGAAUUGACGAAGAGGCGGUUAUCCGGCGGCAUAAUUAGCGCCUUGAGCCUUCAAUUCGUCAUUUGUACAACCUGAAACCGGGGGUCAAAAUGGAAGAGAAAGGUUUUUGGCUAUGGAAAUAUUAUUCUUCUGAUUUUUGGUCCGUUUUCCUGUAUGAUCGAAACCGCGUUCCUGACUUGCCUCUAUUGACUUCACCAUCUACUUGCAACUUUCAUCCGGCAAUGUAUAUAUGGAUCUGCCGUGACUGGAUUGAGCUUUUGGAAGAAAUCAAUCUACUAUUUAACCCAA